GCUCGCGCCGCUCUCGCGCCGACUCAUUUUGACUCGCACAGGAAAGAAGUCUGCACGCGCCGGAUCCGUCCGCUGGACCAUGUUUCUGCGGCCGCUGCGGAGCUGGGCUCUCCGAACGCUGCGCCGCCAGGGGCCCGGGAUCCCUGCCUUAGGCCCAGGGCCGCGGGGGGUGCAGCGCCGGAUCUGGCCUCCGGAUAAAGAAAAUGAAAAAGAGAAAAAGUUAGUGGUCUGUGUGGAGGGCAAUAUUGCAAGUGGGAAGACAACAUGCCUGGAAUUCUUUGCCAACACAACAGACAUUGAGGUGUUACCAGAGCCUGUCCCCAAGUGGAGAAAUGUCCGUGGCCAUAAUCCUCUGGGUCUGAUGUACCUUGAUGCCUGUCGAUGGGGCCUCACACUGCAGACAUACGUGCAGCUCACCAUGCUGGACCGGCACACUCAUCCUCAGACGUCACCUGUACGGUUGAUGGAGCGGUCGAUUCACAGUGCAAGAUACAUUUUUGUAGAAAACCUAUAUAGAAGCGGGAAGAUGCCUGAAGUGGACUAUGUGGUUCUGUCGGAGUGGUUUGACUGGAUCGUGAGGAACAUCGAUGUGUCUGUGGAUUUGAUAGUUUAUCUCCAGACCACUCCUGAGACCUGUUAUCAGAGGUUAAAGAUGAGAUGCAGGGAAGAGGAGAAAGUCAUUCCAUUGGAGUACCUGGCCGCUAUUCAUGACCUCUAUGAGGAAUGGCUCAUCAAAGGAGGCCUUUUCCCCAUAGGAGCCCCUGUUCUGGUGAUUGAGGCUGACCACGACAUGCAGAAAAUGUUAGAACUCUUUGAACAAAACCGAGACCGGAUAUUAACUCCAGAGAAUCGAAAACGCGGUCCAUAGAAUGGGAAAGAUCAUGCCAGAAAAAUGCUGGCUGCUGCCAAGUUAGCUGCUAGGAGCGAUGUGGAAAAUCUUCUCUUGGGAGGGACAAAUUUGUUUUCUGAAUGUUCUUUUCUCCUUCACCAACGUCUAUCCUGCGUUUCUGGCCCUUGUGGGUAAAUGACAAAUGGGACCAAUGGAUUUAUUGAGCCUUUUAAUGUA